GCUGGCCCGGGCGGCGGCGGAGGAGGGAGAGAGGAGGUGGUGGCGACGGCGAGAGAGGAGGGGAGGACGGGGGCAGCGUCGGACUGGAGCCGAUCGGCGGUGCGAGCUGCCCGGGGCGCAGUCGUGAGCUCGCCCGCUGGGUCCCCACCCACGAGCUACACCCUGCAGUGCCCAGCUCUGCCCGCGUACGUGCCCCCGCGGGGAGCGCGCCGGGGCUGUCCCCCGAAUGACGGGCGGAAGGUUCGACUUCGACGAUGGCGGCACCUACUGCGGCGGCUGGGAGGAGGGCAAGGCGCACGGGCAUGGCAUCUGCACGGGGCCCAAGGGCCAGGGCGAGUACUCUGGCUCCUGGUCGCACGGCUUCGAGGUGGUUGGAGGCUACACCUGGCCCAGCGGCAACACCUACCAGGGCUAUUGGGCGCAGGGCAAGCGGCAUGGGCUGGGGGUGGAGACGAAGGGCAAGUGGAUGUACCGGGGGGAGUGGUCACAUGGUUUCAAGGGGCGCUACGGGGUCCGACAGAGCCUGUGCACCCCCGCCCGCUACGAGGGGACCUGGAGUAACGGGCUGCAGGACGGGUACGGCGUGGAGACCUACGGGGAUGGAGGUACCUACCAGGGCCAGUGGGCUGGAGGCAUGCGGCAUGGCUACGGUGUACGCCAGAGUGUGCCCUAUGGCAUGGCCACGGUGAUCCGCUCCCCGCUGCGCACCUCCCUGGCCUCACUGCGCAGUGAGCAGAGCAAUGGCAGCGUGCUGCAUGAAGCUGCAGCCACAGCUGCAGAUAACCCGGCCGGCACAAGAGGUGGCUUCGUGCUCAACUUCCAUGCGGACACAGAGCUGGGCAAGAAGAAGGGUGGCCUCUUCCGUCGGGGCUCUCUUCUCGGCAGCAUGAAACUCCGCAAGUCCGAAUCCAAGUCUUCCAUCUCCAGCAAGCGCAGCUCGGUCCGCAGUGAUGCAGCCAUGAGCAGAAUCAGUUCUAGCGAUGCCAACUCCACCAUCAGCUUCGGUGACGUGGACUGUGACUUUUGCCCUGUGGAAGAUCAUGUGGAUGCCACCACCACGGAAACCUACAUGGGCGAGUGGAAGAACGAUAAGCGCAAUGGCUUCGGCAUCAGCGAACGCUCCAACGGCAUGAAGUACGAAGGCGAGUGGGCCAAUAACAAGAGGCAUGGGUACGGCUGCACUGUGUUUCCCGACGGCUCUAAGGAAGAGGGGAAAUACAAAAAUAAUAUCCUGGUCCGUGGAAUAAGGAAGCAGCUUAUACCAAUAAGAAAUACAAAAACUAGGGAGAAGGUGGAUAGAGCCAUUGAAGGUGCACAAAGGGCAGCGGCCAUGGCCAGAACCAAAGUGGAAAUAGCAAACUCAAGGACUGCACAUGCCAGAGCAAAAGCUGAUGCUGCUGAUCAAGCUGCAGUGGCUGCUCGCCAGGAGUGCGACAUUGCGAGAGCUGUGGCCAGAGAGCUGUCACCUGAUUUCUACCAACCAGGUCCUGAUUAUAUCAAACAAAGAUUUCAAGAGGGGGUAGAUAUUAAAGAAAAUCCAGAAGAAAAGGUCCCAGAAAAGCCUCCAUCACCAAAGGAAUCACCUCAUUUUUAUCGCAAAGGUACAACACCCCCCAGGUCUCCUGAGGCAAGUCCCAAACAGAGCCACUCUCCCCAGCCUUCCUCCCCAAAGUCCAUGAAGAAACAGAACCCCAGCUCAGGGGCAAGACUCAGUCACGAUAAAAGGAACACGGCUGAGGAACAAGUGGUAGCCAUUGUUAAUAAGCCCUUGAUGUCAAAGGCUCCUUCAAAGGAACUGGGAGCAACCGUGUCCAAGUACUCUGGCCGCCACUAUGUCCCCAACCCCAGCAAUGGGGAGCUGCACUCUCAGUAUCAUGGCUACUAUGUUAAACUGAACACGCCCCAGCAUCCUCCAGAAGACAGGGAGGAUGACAGCGGAGUCGGCCAGUCUUCCUCAGCAUUGGUACCUAGACCAUCACCUAACAAGUGGAGUCCCCCUAAAUCUGUGACAAAACCAGUUGCCAAAGAAAGCAAAACUGAGCCAAAAGCAAAGAAGUCUGAACUUGCUAUACCAAAGAAUACAGCAAGCAAUGAUACCUGCCCUCCUUUAGAAAAAGAAGCCAAUUCCGGCCCUAAUUCCAUCAUGAUUGUCCUGGUCAUGUUGUUGAAUAUUGGGUUGGCCAUUCUUUUUGUUCACUUUCUGACUUGAUUGGAAUUAGGAAAGGUAAGCAUAGCCUUAAUUUCUAUAAAACAUCACAGUAACAUCGUUUUCUCCAAUUCCAAUUUACAACGUUUUUUAAGACAGUGACAUUGUCCUUCACUUUAGUUCUGCCUAUGAUUCAGUAUGGUUACCGAUUGCUGUAACUGUUUUGACUCUUCAGUGAAGUCAUAACAGCUAGUGGAGUUGAACCCACAGUUCUGCCUUGGUGUCUUCAUCCCUUUAACUGCCACACCCCAGUCAGGCUCAGACACAGGCAAGGAGGCUUGAAUUGGGAUGGGAUCACAAGAGAGAUGAAACUUGGAAAAUUCAGCCAGAGGACCUUUCAGGCUCCUCAGGAAUGCUUUGUGUCUUUGGGGUCCUCUGGGAGCUGAAGCAUACAGCCAUGUUGGAAAGCAGAGCUUAAUAAUGAUUCUUUUUUAAAAUCUGCUGAAGCAGCCCCAUCCGGCGAAGUUCUUGGCGUUGGCUACUCCAUCUGUCCUAGCAGAGUGUGACUAAACUGGAAAUGUAUGGACCUGCAAUUUUUUUUUUUUGAUGGAAGUCAACAGCUGCCUUACUAUUUUACCAUCUGACGUUUUUAGUAGGGAGCUGGGUUGAGAAGACUGCCAGAGGAAUGCAGUCUGAGGAUUGUGUUGCGGUGGGCAUGGCGCCAACAUUCACUCCUAUCUCAUUAGAAGAAGUAGGUAGCAGCAUCACUCAGAGGUCUUCUGCUGUGACCUGCUGCGUUAACAUCUCCUGGAAUGUUCUGGAAGGGAAUAUUUCAUUUGCUUGUGCACAACUCUGCUCAUUUUUGCUGUUUAUUUAAAUUUGACCGCAUAGUCAUCUUCCACUUGCAAUCCUGGCUGGAUGAGAAGACACAGGUUGCAUCUCAAGGAAAAGCAACAACAAAAGACUAGUUAAAAAAUAUAUAGUGUUUAUUUUAAUAGCAAUACAUUGUUUUCAUGUUGUUUAUUCUUUUUAAACCAAUAAAAGAUUUAUUUAUCUUUAAAAUAUAGUGAUCUGAAGGUAUUAUACCUUCCAAAGAAAUAAUUUAAUUUUAAAUAUUUUUAACACCAUUGAGGUGAAUUGUUGACGCACUCAGGUGCUACAUUUUACAAGCUGAAAGACUACAUAUUACCAAGAAGUGUAGUCAAAAUGUUGCAUGGAUUGCAGUAAUCAGUGGUUAAAGGUUCGGUUUCAUUGCUGACGUAUGUUACAACCAAAUAAAAUCUUGUCAGUGGCUCUGUUAAUUCCCAUGAAAGUUAAGCAAGAUCUAUUAAUAGCUACUCUUCUCUUUCUCUACCCCACCCCCAGCUCGAAUUUUGGUUGAAUGCAUUCAGGUAGACAGUAAAGUUUUGUUAAGUCACUGCCCCUUCUCUGCCUUCAGUGUUUUUCAAAGUUGUUUUGUAAUUCUAUUUUAAAUUUUAAAGACUUAGAUGGUUUUAUUUUAAAUAUUUGUCUUUUGCUGUCCUGUAUCAUUCUGAUGUUGAUUUUUUUCUAUUAUAUAAUUUACUCAGAAGCAUGCUUAACUAGGGAAACUACAUGAUCUUUAUAAAAAAAAUAAUUAUUUAAAAAGAAAUGAGUGUAGGAAAGAUAUGUCUGAAUCUCUUAAAGGCAUUGCCUUGUGGAGGGGGAAGUCUUCCUAACGUUUAUCCAGGAUAUCAUGGUGUCAGCCGAGUCUCUUACUUAGGGGCCUUUGCAGAGACAGUGUGUGUCACUCCCCUGAUAGCACAGAAGAGGACCACAUGCUUCAUCACCUACAGGGUAGUAAACCAGUGGUGGUUUCUGCAGAAGUGCAAUAUAUUGAGACUCUUGGGUAUGACCAAUAUGGAUUAAAGAAGAAGGCAGAAAGAGAGCAAAUGAAAAUAAAAUUACAACUUGUAUAUUUAUUUUUUACAUUUUGCUUUGACUUUAGGGAGUCCAUUUUUACUCAAGAACAAACUAAGUCUGUCUGUUGUCUGCAUAGUCUCCCUGCCUGUUCCUACCCUUGAAGCUCCUUAUGCUGGGAAGGCUGUUUGUUUGUUUUUUUAAGAAAUAGAAUAUUUAAUCUGAAUAAGUGUUUAUUUAAAUGUGUAAUGCUUUGAAAAUAAUGGGCAACAGAGAACUAAAGGAUGUUUAUAAAGUGAGCUUGUUGGCUCCAUUUAUAAAUAUAUACGAUUUAUAAGCUUUUUUAAAACAAAGCUCAAAUUGUGGGUAUUUUUCUAAAAUGUGCACAGCUGUAUUUUCCAUGAAGGAUCUUUCUAAUGGGUUGUUAUACUGUACUCUACAUUUUGGACAGCACAUGAAGUCUGCCAAUGUACUUAAUAAAACAUGACUUUGUUUAUUUAAAGUUUCUUGCUGUGAAAAACCCUACCAGUGGGUUCCUUAAUUUAUAAUCCUUAAAACCAAAAUGUAUAAUGUACAGUUUCCACAACUGUAACUGCCCUAAUAAAAAUGUUGGUUAUUAAUAAAGUUCGAGAUGUCUUUC